AUGUGCCCACAGCUAGCAAGAGCUGGCAGCAUGGGCUCCCCAGGGGCUACGACAGGCUGGGGGCUUCUGGAUUAUAAGACAGAGAAGUAUGUGAUGACCAGGAACUGGCGGGUGGGCGCCCUGCAGAGGCUGCUGCAGCUUGGGAUCGUGGUCUAUGUGGUAGGGUGGGCUCUCCUCGCCAAAAAAGGCUACCAGGACCGGGAUCUUGACCCCCAGAUUUCUGUCAUCACCAAACUCAAAGGGGUUUCCGUGACUCAGAUCGAGGAGCUUGGAAACCGGCUGUGGGAUGUGGCCGACUUCGUGAAGCCACCUCAGGGAGAAAACGUGUUCUUCUUGGUGACCAACUUCCUUGUGACGCCAGCCCAAGUUCAGGGCAGAUGCCCAGAGCACCCCUCUGUCCCACUGGCUAACUGCUGGGUCGACGAGGACUGCCCAGAAGGGGAGAGAGGCACGCACAGCCACGGCGUGAAAACAGGCCAAUGUGUGGUGUUCAAUGGGACCCACAGGACCUGUGAGAUCUGGAGUUGGUGCCCAGUGGAGAGUGGCGUUGUGCCCUCGAGGCCCCUGCUGGCCCAGGCCCAGAACUUCACACUGUUCAUCAAAAACACGGUCACCUUCAGCAAGUUCAACUUCUCUAAGUCCAAUGCCUUGGAGACCUGGGACCCCACCUAUUUUAAGUACUGCCGCUAUGAACCACAACUCAGCCCCUACUGUCCCGUGUUCCGCAUUGGGGACCUCGUGGCCGAGGCUGGAGGGAACUUCGAGGACCUGGCGUUGCUGGGUGGCUCUGUGGGCAUCAGGGUUCACUGGGAUUGUGACCUGGACACUGGGGACUCCGGCUGCCGGACUCACUACUCCUUCCAGCUGCAGGAGAGGAGCUACAACUUCAGGACAGCCACUUACUGGUGGGAGCAACCGGGUGUGGAGGCCCGCACCCUGCUCAAACUCUACGGAAUCCGCUUCGACAUCCUCGUCACCGGGCAGGCAGGGAAGUUCGGGCUCAUCCCCAUGGCCGUCACACUGGGCACCGGGGCAGCUUGGCUGGGCGUGGUCACCUUUAUCUGUGACCUGCUGCUGCUGUAUGUGGAUAGAGAAGCUCAUUUCUACUGGAGGACAAAGUAUGAGGAGGCAAAGGCCCCGAAGGCAACCGCCAAUUCUGUGUGGAGUGAGCUGGCCCUUGCAUCCCAAGCCCGACUGGCCAAGUGCCUUAGGCAGAUCUCAGCACCUGCACCCAUGGCCACUGCUGCUGAGAGUCAGACACAGACACCAGGAUGGCCCUGUCCAAGUUCUGACACCCACUUGCCAGCCCAUUCCUGAAGCCCGUAGC